AAACAGAAAGAGAAAAAAUCCAGAGUAAGAGAGUUAACAAUGAAGAGCACUUCCAAGGUAAUAAUAGGAGCCACUCUGGUGAUGGUGGUGAGCCUCGCCAUUGUGUUGGCUCUAAUCCUAGUGCUCUUGAUUGAGCUCUACUGUUCUCUGUUACUCCGUCGACGUCGCCUGAGAAACACCAAUUCAAAUACCACCACAACCAUCAACAAUCUUCCUUCUCAGCCUGUUCAAACGCAGCACCUUUCAGCCAGCCCUCUGAGCAGCUUCUAUGCUCAGGGGGUUCUUGAUGCUCCUAGAAGCUUCCUCUUUCCUGCUGUUUCUUUGAGAGAGAACAAGAAUGAAAACAGAGGCCAAAGUUUUCAACUUUAUAGUGCGCUUGAUGUCCUUACUCAGGAAGCAAACACAAGCCCACAUCACAUAGGGAUAUUAUCUCCAUCUUCACCCCCUACUUCCUUCAUUGCUUCGCCUCAGCCAACUCAAAAGACCCCACUUCAAGUUGGAGCCAAUAGUGUCUGCCGUGCCCAUGAAGAAGCUUACGGUGGUGAAGGCGGUGGUGGAAGGGAGCAUUUUGUGUACAUUUCCAAUCCCAUUUAUGACAAUGAUGCUAGCAGGUUGAGCAGGGCGGAUACUCCAUUUGAGACUCCUGAUACUUCACCCUCGCGUUUAGAAACAGGCAGUUCUUCUUCUUCCGGGGAAGAUGAAAUUAUUCAGCCUUCACCAUCUAGUCAACAUUCUGUGCCAAUUACACCUCCAUUGACUCCCAUGAAGAAACUCCCGGCAGAAGCUUGUUCAGUCUCUUUGCGCGAUGCCAGGUCAUUAGGAACUUCAGGAAGUGACUCUGUCAGUAACAAUGGACUCUCAUCUUCCUCCUCAGGAUCUCCAUGCACAUCUCCUUCUUGGCAUGAGAGGGAGGUUUACCGUGAAUACAGUGGAGGUAGCACAGCCUUUUCUUUUUCAGGCGUGACCAUGGCGGGUUCACCCAGGCCACGUCAAUGCCAACUGAAAUUCUCACUUGACUUUGCAGGGUUACCUUUUCUGUUUUUAUUUGGUUGUAUGGGAGUUCUUGGAAAGUUAUUGUCGUUUUCUAUCUAGCAAUAGAAACGAGCUCUGUUUUGUUUUGGGAUUG